ACGAGAAAGUGCUACAAAGCGGACUUUGUGUAUCCGGACAAACUAUUUGCGGUGCAAUUAAGCGAGUUCGACAAUUAGAAGAUCAAUGUAAAAGCAUUAUUGUUAACAUCGGAUCUGUGGAUAUUAUGAAGGGCCGUCCGUUAGUGCAAAUAGAGCAUGACUUCCGUGAGCUCAUCAACUUAAUGUUCAAAAAAGGGUACACCCCGAUUUUAACGACGUUGGCCCCACUUGCGAACUUUGCACACGACAAACAAGUUAAAACUAAGUUGGAACGUUUUAACCAAUUCAUCAAAAAAGAGGGGAAGUUUUUGGUUGUAAUGGAUAUAUGGGCUUGCUUGGUAAAUGAACGAAGUCACAUACUAUUCGAUUGUUUCCAAAACGAGCCAAGAAUGGUGACGGGUACAUCAGAACCGUACGUAUUUUGGAACAAAAUUGGUCGCCAACGAGUUUUACAAUUGAUAGAGUCCAAAUUGGAGUAUUAGCAAUUAUACAAAAAUUUUUACAUGUCUGGCCAGCAUCUAAUGAAACGUAUCUAAGUAUUUGUGUAUGGGAAUUAUGUUAUUUCUGAAAUGUAUUACGAUUUUAACCUGUUGUUUGUUAUAUAUGUUAUUAUUGACAUGUGUAUACUUCGCAAUUGUAAAUUUAGAUUUUAAAACGACUAGAAGUUAAUAACGGUGUAAAUUAUAAGGUCGACCAAAAUUUUAAUUGUACGUAGAGUGCAUCAAUUCCUUCAACGACGUCAUUGAAAUCUAGAAGUAUAUUAAGUACUUCAAAAGCUUUAUUCUAAUGUAUAAAUGUGCACGUUAUAUAUUAAUGAAUAGAAUUUUUGAAAGUGGUGUUAAAUUCUUAACUCGCUAAUCCUGCAGAAAAUGUAAUAAAUCUACGUUUUGCAAAAUCAAUACCGGUGUUGAUUUUUCUAAAAAUGUAGAAUAUUUUCUUCUGGGUAGUUAACUGGUUUAUUUAAGCUUAGUAUUAAAGCGUAUUACUAUAUACAAAUAUUGAAGCGUAAACAUUUAAGCUUAGAUAUUAACUAAGAGAAAAUAUUUGUAUACAUAAAUAUGUGCAUAUUAUAUAUUGUACAAUCUGAGGAAAUAUGAACGAGCCAAAUAUGUAUCUAUGUAUGUACAUAUGUAUGUAUGUACAUACAUUUAUACUUAUAUAUAUAAGUAUAAUUAGCACUAAAAUUCUUUACAAUAAUACUUCUCUGAAGUUUAGAGUUUCCCAGCGCAAUUGUACUAUACACGCAAGACACUUUCAUACACACAUACGUC